AUGGCUGUUACAGAUUCUUUCAAUAUCCUAGUGUUUAGCAAGACUGCCGGCUACAGACAUGCCUCCAUACCAACCGGCAUUACUUCUCUGAAGCGUCUGGCGGAUGAAACUGGCUUCUUCACAGUGACAGCAAGUGAGGACGCUUCUUUUUUCACGUCUUCGAUACUCUCACGUUACCGCGUCUUAGUAUUACUACAUACCUCAGGCGACUUCCUCACAGACGACCAGCUCAGCACUCUACAAGAGUAUGUUCGAUCCGGCGGCGGUGUGCUCGCAAUCCAUGGCUCUGCUGCCGGCAUGCCGUCCUCUUCCUGGUACGCAAAGCUAAUCGGUGCACACUUUGACAUGCAUCCCGACCCUGAACCUGGCUCCUUCUUACCAAUCCCACAAUCGGUCUCUUCGCAUCCCAUCAUAGCUGGACAUGAACCUCCAAAAGAAUGGAUGGACGAAUGGUACAAUUUCAAAUCCCACCCUUCUGACAACGAAAGCCUCCAAAUAUUGCUGCGAGGAGAUACGAAGAGUUUCAGAGGUGGCAAACAUGGGGACGAUCAUCCGCUGGCAUGGUAUCAAGAGUUCGACGGUGGGAGGAGUGUGUACCUUGCACUGGGUCAUUUUGAUAACGCGUAUGCUGAUUCAUGGUUCAUGGGCACGAUGGAAAGGAUGUUGAUGUGGGCUGCGGGACGAGGAGAGGCCAACAAUAACUGA